CUGGGUGCUCACCUCCACAGCGGCUUCCUUGAUCCUUGCCACCCACGACUGAACAUCGACAGCAGCAGCCUCACCAUGAAGCUGCUGAUGGUCCUCAUGCUGGCGGCCCUCCCCCUGCACUGCUACGCAGGCUCUGGCUGCCCCUUAUUGGAGAAUGUGAUUUCCAAGACAAUCAAUCCACAAGUGUCUAAGACUGAAUACAAAGAACUUCUUCAAGAGUUCAUAGACAACAAUGCCACUGCAAAUGCCAUAGACGAAUUGAAGGAAUGUUUUCUUAACCAAACUGAUGAAACUCUGAGCAAUGUUGAGGUGUUUAUGGUAAUUUCAUUUUCUUCCUAUAAGCUUUGUAAAUCCCCUGACCAGGGACAAGUGGGCUCUUCAUUUCUCACUGACAAUGCCAAAGCCACUAGUGAACAAGCCUUUUCUUACAUUGGUUAAUUUAGUUGAAUGGUUAGUCUAAUGACUUUGCCAUCAAGAAAAACAUCCAGUGUCCCUGUGUUGUCACCCUACCCAGAUAAUCCUCAGUGGAUGACAAAAGAAUAGGGCAAGAGAGGAAAAGGAAAUGUCAGGAGAAGGCUUACCUAUCCCCAGAGCUCUCUAGUUCAUGCUCACAAACACAGACACAAUCACACAAACACAGAAACACACAUACACACAUCCAGAUAUAUGCAAACACACAGACACAGUCACAAUCACACAAACACACACACAUUCAGACAUACACAGACACAGAGAGGCAAAGAGACACAGACACAAUCCCACCAGCACACAACCAUCCAGACACAAACACAAACACACAGACACAACACAACCACAGAAACACAGAGACACACACAAACACACUCAGGCACACACACACAAACACAUGUUCACUCUCUAGAGAAAAAAACAAUUUUCCAGAAGACCUGCACCUAUAGACCAAUCUGCAGAGAGAAGUUCUCUUCUUCAAAAAAAAUGUAAAAGUAUUCUUUAAAAUGCCCUAUUUUUGGAUAGAGUUUGGAAAAUACCAUUUGAGCAAGAUUCUAUACAUCUUAAAUAAAAAGAAUUUAAAAUGCAUUUCCAGGCAAUCAUAAUUUGCUAGCAUAAAUGAUGAGAAACCUUGGACUAUCCAAUAGGCAACUGCAAAUCAUAGGUAUGAAACCACUAUGGAGGAAAGAAUUGUCUCAAACAAAAACCAAUAGUUCUGUAUUUCUUUCUAAUUAUACAUGUAUAUCAUUGAGAGUUUUCUUUAGCAUUUAUUCCCUAUGCUAAAAUUCUUCUUUACUCUUUUCCUGGUAAAAAAGUUAGAAAUAUACCAACCUCCAUUAGGAUGAAAGUGAACAUCACCUCAGGAAACCCUGACACUUUCUACAACGUGGAUGAACCUUGAGGACAUUAUAGUGAGUGAAGCAAGGAGUCACAGAAACACAAAUGCUGCAUGACCCAUGCAUCUGGGAAUCUAGGGAGCCAGAUUCAGAGACAGUGGAAAAAAAAAAAACAGUGGUUGUCAGGACUUGGGUGCAGAGAAGAAGGGAGAGUCAUAUGUAAUGGGUCUGGAGUUUCAGUUGUGCAAAACAGUAAUAUUCUGGAGUUAGGUUGCACAACCACAUGAAUAUACAGAACACUCCAAACUGUCCCCUUAAAAUGGCAAAUUUUAUGAGAUGUACAUUUUACCACUAUUAAUAAUUUGUUAAAAACUAAAUAUCAACUGCAGGGAAGGGUGAUGGAUUUGUUUCUUUAAAAGCUUCCUUAGACAGAUCAUAGUCUGCAGCUCCAAUAAUUAGUAGAGCACAAUGGUGGUGGCAGAGGGCGUCAGACUGCUGGGAUGCUGGGAAUAUUUCCACAAUGGAGGGUUAGACGAGAACUCAAAGUUUCACUUUUUUUUUUUUUUUUGCAUUUGAGCUAACAUUUUAACAAUCUUGUGAAAAUAGGCAAUAUAGUCACAUAUUUGUGGAAUACAUUAUUUCAAAGAACAACAAACACAGAGAAAAAUAUUUUAAAAGUCCAUCGUGAGGGAAAUGAUCCAGAAACAACAGCUCUUCUACUUCCAGCCCUAACUGUCUGGGAUGCUAGAUGUUUGUGGGCAAACCCUGGAAAAUGAUAAGCUUCUGUUUUUCAAGAUUUUACUUUGUUAGAGAGUGCAGAAAAUCUAAGUGAUGUCUCUGUUUU